AUGUAUCAGGAGGUGAAGGAAGCCUUGAGUAUUAUCACCUUUUACCUGUACGAUUGGCUCCCACGGAGAAGGGUUGACCAUUUUAGGGAAGAAUUAGAGCAGCUACUUGAGAGGAAAUAUGAAGGCCACUGGUACCCAGAGACACCCCUAAGGGGGUCCGCCUAUCGCUGUAUUUGGAUAGGGAAGACCAGAGACUCUGUAGUAGAAUUGGCUGCCAGAAGAAGUGGACUGACUGUAGAGGAUGUCCAGGACAGCAUUCCUGCAGAAUUGACUGUGUGGAUUGACCCAUUUGAAGUCUCCUACCGAUUUGGGGAAGAAGGGCCAGUCGAGACCGUGUAUCUGAAAGACAAUAAAGGCUGCAGCACAGCCAAGGGACAGAGCAAAAGCAGAAGCAGGCUCAACCCUGAGGCUCCGGCUUUUGUCCCCGCUAGGAGUCAGACAACCUUCUUGUCCGGCUCCCCACCUCCAUCUGCUGACCAAUCUUCUGGUCUGACUUUCACCGUGGCUACUUUUGCAGCUACCAAGUUUGGCUCCACAAAAGUGAAGAAAAGCAGCAAAAGGCUGAAUUGGGGUCUUGCUUGCCCAGGAAAAUAA